AAACACAGAUUAGGAGUUUUAGCCCCACCCUUCAUCUAAAACAACCAAUAGGCUUUCAGUGUAUAAAAUGGUGCUUUCAAGUGCUGCACACACGGUAGUACCUUUUAACUCAGUGAUAAAGAUAUUAAAAAGUUCGACAGUAGGGUGUAUUAUUUCUAAGUAAAUAAUCCUUGUGAUUAAUUUUCAUGAUAAUAUAUUUAUAAUAGCAUAUUUAAAUAAGUUAUGUCCAAUUUCUUUUAAAUAAAAAUUCGAAGUUGGUGUCUUUUUUUAUUUUCUUUUUUGUCUUUUUUAAAAAGGACGGUAAUUCAAUAGGAACAAUUCAAAAUAACUUUAUAUAACCCCUAAAAAAAUACAGUUCACGCUAUGUGUCAAAAAUUACGCUCGAAGUACCGUUAUAUGUAAAGGCAUCCAGAUAAAGACCUUGAGUCCCGCCUCCGCGCGGGUUGUAUCCAAUAGAAACUCAGAGAGGGCGUGACCAAGUUCUGUUUACCUCAAUUCUGAUGCGAAGUGGGACAGGGUGCAUGCUGCAGCUGUCACACCGACGGAUAUAGAGGCAGUCUGAAACUCACAUGUGACACUGCAACACCGCAUUUUGGAAUACUCUACUACAAGCUGGUCAUCAGGUGGGUGUCUGCAGGGCUUCCAUGCUGAGGAAGGGCAGGAACAGCAGAGGCCAGCAUUUGGUCUGGAGUGAGACGCAGCAGGACGCGGAUGUCAUGACAGACGUCAAGAUGUCCGACAGAGAAGAAUGGGACCAGCAACUGGUGACGGAGAUCAGUGACUUGGAGUCAGAGGUGGAUUAUUUGGCGGGAUCGCAGACUGCUUCAGACGUAGUGGCUUUGCCCAGCACUCCUCCACUGCUGGGGGAGAAUUUCUACUCCUACAAACCACAGGAAGAGCUCAAUCUGGCGUUUGGCCUUAGCAGUGAAGACCUCUGUGAAGACGAGGAUCACAUUUUGGAUUGGGUUUGGGACGAGCAGUACAAGUCCUCUGGAGCCUUCCUGAGCGGAGACAGCAGAAAAGUGAGCUUUCACUCCGACUACAGCUGUGGGACCGCUGCCAUCCGCGGCCACAAGGAGCUUUCCGAAGGCCAGCACUACUGGGAAGUGAAGAUGACGUCUCCGGUCUACGGCACAGAUAUGAUGGUGGGGAUCGGAACUUCUGAGGUGAACCUGGAUAAGUUCAAGUACAGCUUUGGCAGCCUGCUGGGCCAUGAUGAAGACAGCUGGGGUCUCUCCUACACAGGUCUGCUUCAACACAAAGGGGACAAAGUGAAAUUCUCCCCUCGGUUUGGUCAGGGGUCCAUCAUAGGAGUGCACUUGGACACGUGGCACGGCACUUUGAGCUUUUACCACAACCGACAGUUCAUAGGUGUUGCUGCUACCAACCUGCAGAAUAAGAAGUUCUACCCCAUGGUGUGCUCCACAGCAGCUAAGAGCAGCAUGAAGGUGGUCCGUGCCUGCUACACUCCCACCUCCCUGCAGUACCUCUGCUGCGCCCGCCUGCGCCGAAUGUUACCCUGCUGCCCCGACGUAGUCGGUGCUCUAGAACUGCCCCCCGGCCUGCGCACCCUCCUCCAAACACAGCUUUUCUGGAUCUUCAGCGUCACCAGCAGCACCUCAGAGCGGGAGACACACUCGCAGGAGGACGCCCAGGAGGAGGAGGAGGGCAGCCUCCCGCCAAGCCCCGUCCCGAGCUCCACCUCCAGCCCCGCGUCCACAAUGAGUGCCUGCUCCUCGCCCGGCCCCUACUCCGAAACCCUUUCAGAAACGGACGUGUAUCUGUGCCCGUGUCACAUGGCACCUCAGACUGAGCGCGGCGCCUGCCGCUGCCCCCCGACUCCCCCCAGCAGCGACUACGACAGCUGCUGCUCGGAGCCCGAGGACUAUCAGUGCAAGAGAUGCCGCUGGACAUGACCGGUUCCUUCCUCAGAGCCGCCAAUAUUCUACCACUGCCAUCAUCAUCCUCACCUCCUUCUGCUGUCUGUGCUCCAAGCAAAAAAUGAACUUUUACACGUCUAGAAGUGUCCAAUCGAUCUAAUUUUUUGUGUUUUUUUUAAAAUAUGCCAUUUACUGUCUUUGUGUGAGAGUUGAAGACUAGACUCUAAGGAUACAAAAACACUUUUAUCUUAUGUAUUCUCAGGGAUAGACUCUGAACAGAAGCAGCUGUUUUUGUUUUUUUUCAUACUGUUAACAGACUUUUUUGGAGUAUUUUUUAAGACGUUUUUUUGCUAAAUAUCAGCUUCAGUUGUGCUGUUACAUGUUUUUCUAUUUACAUUUAUUCUCUCUAUUAUAAACCUUCUUAUUUAACAUUAAACACCACAAAACUCCA